AUGGGAUAGUUGUAAUGCACUCAAGAAGAAAAACAGCCUAGUAUUAUAAAUAGACUAGAAUUGGAUUAUAAAAAACAAGUAAAUAAUAAGUAAGAUGACAGAUCUAAUUCUUUUUCUUAUGUUCAUGCUAUUGGGAUGUAUUUAAAUGUUGGAAAUAAUUCUAAACUAGAUGAAAUAUGGGAAGAGAAGCUUAAUUCAUUUAAAGUUUAUGAUGAACCUCCUAGAACCUAAUCCAAUUACAGAAAUUCUCUUACAAAACCUAGGAAUAUUGAAUAGUUUUUUACAGAAUGUCAAUUAAUGACCCAGGAUUUUGAAUAUUAUAUGUUCGUAUUUUUCAUUUAGGAGAAAUAAGAAUUUAAAAACUAUGGAUUGAUUGGUAUUCCACAAAAGUAUAGAUGGGCAUAUUGGAAAGUUAUCACAUUUCAAAAGGAUAUCAUGCACAAAAAGAUGGAUAAUCAAAUAAAUAGUGCAUUAUAUCAUAUAUAGAAAGACAUAAAUAGAACCUUAAUUAGUGAAUUGUUCAAAGAAGGUACUGUAAUAGAGAAACUCGAUUAUGUCCUAACCAAUUUAGCUCGUUUAUAUCCUCAAGUAGGAUAUUGUUAGGGCAUGAACUACAUAGCAGGUAUUUGAUUCAUUAUUAGAUAAUAUAGCCUUAUUUUUGAUGGUGUCAGGUGCUAAAGAAUAACAGACAGUUUGUGUUUUUGGUGAACUCCUUGAUUCUUCUUUCUAUAUGUUCAAUUUAUUAUUUAAAGAGGACCUUCCGUUGUUAUUCAUUAUAGAAGAAAUCAUAAUGAAAUUAAUGUAAAAAUAAUUGCCUAAGGUUUAUAACCAUUUUAUGGCUUGUAAUAUUUCCCCUUCUAUUUGGGUCAGUAAGAUUUUGUUGAGUGGAUUUGUAUACCUUUUUGAUUUAUUGGACUGUGUUUUGUUGUGGGAUUACAUUUUUAUCAAGGGCACUGUUCUGGGAUACACAGAUCUGAUAUUGGCAAUGGUUACUAUCUUUUAAGAUGAAUUGUUGACUAAAGAUGAGGCAGACCUUUCAAUAUUUUUUAAUUUUCAAGAUUAAAAAGUAAAAUGUGCAGAGAAAAUCAUUAAACAAGCCUUAAAAAAACCAAUUUAAGAUAAGGAAAUCAGAGAGAUUAUGAAAAAAACAAAUAAAAAAUUAGAAUUAGUUGAAUUAUUUAAAUUGUUUGGUAAAGAUGGAUUUGACAAGCAGUAUUAGAAAUACUCCUAGGUGAUUAAAAAGUGA